UUCUGAUGUAGUGAAUAUAUAAAAUCGUUUGAUCAAUCACCCUUUUUAUUUUAUUUCUGGCGGAAGUCGCUGCUUGGUUAUGUCCUCGCGGUGAAUGUGAUGUGUUGUGCACGCUCCAAAUGUCAAAUGUCAAAACGCGGCACUUUCAAAGUUAAGGUGACAUCUAGCUUUGGUAUUCCAACAUGAUGUUCUACACUCAACUCUUCACUUCCAAGCGGGGGCCUCUUGCCAAAAUCUGGCUAGCAGCGCACUGGGAAAGGAAACUCACAAAGGCCCACGUAUUUGAAUGUAAUUUAGAAACAACAAUCAAAGACAUAAUUUCCCCUAAGAUGAAAAUUGGUUUGCGGACAUCUGGUCAUCUGCUCAUUGGUGUGGUCAGGAUCUACUCCAGGAAAGCGAAGUAUCUCCUUGCAGACUGCAGUGAUGCCCUGGUUAAAAUUAAAAUUGCUUUCAGGCCAGGUCAGACAGAUUUACCUGUAGAGGGGCUUGAGGCAACACUAAAAGCAAUUACCUUGAUCGAAGAUUUCACUGCCUUUGAUGCCCAGCUACCAAAACCAAGUGACAUAGAUGUGGUGGACCACUUUUCACUGAACCAGUGUCGAUCAGAGGAAAUCACUCUGAAAGAGGAUUAUGGAAAUGGAUUUCUGAACAUGGUAGAUUUCGGUGAGGAGACCCCGAGCCACCAUGAUGGGCUAAUGGAUAUAACAUUCCAGAGCCUGACUCAACACGGAGAUGCUUUUGGGGAUGAGGAUAGAGGAUUCAACCUACUCGACUUUCUGACAAACCCCAGUGAUAAUGCUGAGUCCACCGACUUCAUCCUCGAAGAGCCUCAAAAUCAAAAUUCAGAGAUCUCUGCACUCACUCAUCAACAAGAUGCUGACAACAAGAUGUUGGUGACCCCUGCACCGAGUGAGACCACCGUGCUCGCUAAUGAGGAGGAGGCCUUUGCCCUUGAACCUGUGACCAUCACUCCAAAUUCUGAGAAAAAGAGGGGAAAGAGGAAACGCAAGUUGGUUGUGGACCAGUCUAAAGAGCUGACCAAUGAAUUCAUCAGAGAGCAGCUUUCCGACUAUUCCGAUCUGGUUGCCCCAUUGGACAUGGCCCCACCAACCCUGCAGCUCAUGCAGUGGAAAGAAAGCGGGGGUGCAGACAAACUCUUUGCACAGCUGUGUUCCACUGUAGCAACUCCACACAUAAAGGAGGGGGCAGCCGACGCCCCUGGCCGAAACAGGGAUGUAGACAAAUUUCCUCACAAAUUACAUGUAAUCUGCUUUAUGUGUAUAGUUCAAAGGGACAUAAGCGCCCUCACCACAGACAACGUCAGUAUCGCAGAUUCAUCAAUAGAUCUCGAAAGAAGCCACAACACUGAGCCGACAGACCCUGAUCACAUAAAUGACAAUCAACUUGGGAAUUACUCAGAGCUGGCACAAGAUGAAAACAGGUCGGAGUUCACUCAUCCAGAACUUCCGUCAGAAGACUCCAUGUUUGUCCAUCCGUCUUGCAUACAGCAGGAGACUCCGUCAACCUCCCUCCACACUCAGUCUAUGCUCGACAGCCAGGACUUUGAGGAGAAGAGGAUCAGCAGGCGUACACAGAAUCUUCUGAACACACUAAAAAGCCAGAGCAACAGUGUUACCAUGUUUAGCCUGAAGGCACUCUGUGAAGAAAGCACUCGUUUGCAGGCUGCAACCACUUUCUUCUGUCUUCUGGUCCUGAAAAAACAAGACGCCCUUCAUCUGAACCAGAGAGCACCCUAUGAGGACAUCCUUCUUACUCCUGGACCUAAGUUCUACAAUUAGUAAAUCAGAAAACAGUUUCUUUAAAAAACAGAGGUGCCGUUCUGGUUCUACUCUAUCUGCCUCAUGCACAAGUAUCAGAUGUUUGCGUUGCUAUGUCAGUUUCCCAGGGUAAAAUUUAAUUUACUCAAAUAGGUUUCUGGGCAGAAUGGUAAAAACAGCUUGAAAGAAAGAUCUAACUUUAUAUUAUAUGUCACACACACAUUAAUAUAUGAGUGUGUCUUAAAACUUGUAAAUAUUUUGUUUGUUUUCUGCACUUUUCUUAAGUAAGAAAUUGGAAAAGGAUCAAUGAAUCACUCUUCUCUAAAACUCUUUGCCAGACUGUUUUUAUUAGGCCUGCCGCAUCAUACAGUAUCUAACACUAGAUACAUGUAUGGCUUUCACGUCCCUAAAUAUUUUAAAUAAUUGAGUAUUUAUUUUUUAUAGUGUUCAAUAGCAUGACAUUACAGUUAUUCUUGGGAUCUUUGAGGACUGAAAUGUCCUGUAUGUUCAGUUGGUGAUUUACACCAGUUCCUAUUCUAUUUAUUAUAAACAAGGAUUUUAAGUAUGUAUGUACUGUAUGUAAGAGCUGCUAUGCACCAGCUGCCACCUGAACUGUUGUCGUGCAAAAUGGACAUUUCAUUAUAAGCAAAUAUUGCAAAAGUAUUGCUCUAAAGUACAGGUAUUAUUUGUAUAUAUUUAACAUUGUUCCCUGUUUCCUAGCACAUAUACAUGUUUUCUUGAUUUGGAUACAUUUGUGCAGCUUUAACAAGUUUUAAUUUUAUGUUACUAAAGUUUGGGAUAUGAAAUUCAAUU